AUGCCCUCUCACCCGUCGAAUGUUCCACCCUUGUCUCCAACAAAGCCGAAGCGCAGGACCCCCCUCCAUGAGCGAUCGAGUUCUCAAACGAACGAACAAAGCUUCCCUCCGACAGUGCGACUGAUACAGGAUCAGGACUUGCAAGAUGAAACCGAAAUAUACUCCACUACACCCUAUCCAACAAAGCCCGAACAUGUCUUGUUGCCGCCAGCGAGUUGGAAGCAGGGGUCGACUUCUAAUGCAGAGUAUAGCGUUUCACAUUCAACCCCGGAGUCAAUCCCACGUUCCAGUUCAGGUGUCAACCUCGACCACAGCCUUCCAAUUCAUGGUGAAAGGGACAUCUCGGGUGCGACCUCCUCCAUCCACGGGACACACUCAUCCAGUCAAGCAUGGGAUGAUUCCUUAAACUCAAGCAGGACAUCCAUCCCCCAGUCAGUGCCAGGGAUUCCCCGGCCUUUGCGCGGUGGAAGGCGGGAAGAAGAUGACAAUUCAUCUAACAGCGAUGGCAUUGCACUUCCCCCCACAAUCAAACGUGUCCCGCGGGACGACUCCCCAUCGCCUCCCGCCCAGUCUCCCGUCGAAUCCAUAUUUUCGGAAUAUGUUCAUGGCAAUGAGGAGUCAAGUCCCAACGUUGCCCUCAUCGGUCUGCCCUCCAGCCCAAACAUUAUACCUAUCAAUACUUCGUCACCGAAUCUAGUCCCUCUUGGACGGUCAUCUCCAACUUUGGCGUCGGAACCUCUAACUGAUUCAUCGCUCUACGAAGCCAACUCGGUUGGAACUGCGAGAAGGUACAUCCGCGCCGGUCAGCGGAAUAACAGUCAGUGGAACAGCAGUCAGCGGAACAGCACCUUGACAACCGACGGUUCGCUCUCCGAGCCGCAAAGCUCCACCCCGUCUCAUUCCAUCCCGUCGAGCCCUCCGAAUGUGCCAUUAAGAUCCUACCAAUCAACCUCAUCGUUCGGCGCCCUUCCCGCCAUCACGCCAUAUCGAGCUCAACCGUCAACUUCAUCUGCAUCCUCAAAAAGUAGUCGAUCUGGUCCAGAUGGUCACUCGCCCACGGGUACUAGUACUCCUAUCCAAUAUCCCACCAAUCGCUACCCAUCAGCUAGCUCGAGGGCCGAAUCGACGAUAUCCCGAUCUUACGUGCAGUCCAUGACGGAGCGUUUUUCUGGCCGAUGGAACCCGCAUUUGUCGACUGUUCCCUCGGAAUGGUCUACCGAGAGAUCACAGAGCCUUGCCUUUCCCGAUCAGCCCGAUGAGAGUUGGCCGAAGCGUCCGGAGGAAGCUAAACUUCGGGAUACUUCACGACCGUCAAUAUGCCCGGUGGAUGAAUCUGAAAUGGAGGAGCAUGGCGAUAACCUGACACAUUUGCGAUCCCCACCACUCCGAAAUAAGGCUUCUGGUACUUUGAGCCACAAGUCAUCUCUCUCCGCUCUGAGCAAUUCAAGAAAUCUCCUCCGCUCGUCAAGCGGCAGUUCAUUCCUCCAUGUGAUCCCCGCUUGGGCCCGAGUGUACUAUAGCACUGGAGCGCAGUUCGCUUCGCUAUUCUCUCCAGAUAGCCGUCCCUCAACACCCGCAUCACCGCCCAUAACCGCCGUCUCCGUGUUCUCCGCAGCAUACAACAGUGACCCGCGCAUGGUAAGCCGGACGCCUCUAGGGAUAACCAACCCCAGACUACGUCCGCGCGAGAUCGAAUAUUCGACCGAACUUGAUGAAUUCCAUGAACCCGAUGAGCCCGAUGAGCCCGAUGAGCCCGAUGAGCCCGAUGAGCCCGAUGAGCCCGAUGAGCCCGAUGAGCCCGAUGAGCCCGAUGAGCCCGAUGAGCCCGAUGAGCCCGAUGAGCCCGAUGAGCCCGAUGAGCCCGAUGAGUCCGAUGAACCCGAUGAACCCGAUGAACCUCCAGCGGCCGCUAUUGCUCGUCCACCCAAUCCCGAUCCCAUUGAUCCCAGGAACCAUUGGGUUCAUGACCCUGAACUGGACCGUGUUAGAACCCAAGUUACAAUGGAAGACUUGCCCGGUGCAUGGUCUCCACAUUUGCAUACGGACAAGCGAGUGGACCCCACACGAAGGAGCAGAUGGAAGCCGCCAUCUCUGGAUGAGAGGGCCGAGGGACUUUUCGGCCGACGAAACGCCCAGGUGUAUGCCUUCGCGUUAGGUUUUGUGUUUCCGCUCGCCUGGAUAAUCGCCGCGUUCCUCCCCCUCCCUCCUCAAGUUAGCCAUAUAAACGAGGAGGCAACGACGAGUCGUCCGGAUCUGGCACAUGCGUUCAAUAAUCGUGUGGUGCUGGUUGAUGAAGUGCGUCAUGCAAAUGCCCGGUGGUGGCGGAACGUCAAUCGCUUCAUGUCCCCGGCUGGAUUGGUUAUUAUUGUCGUUGUGAUAACCAUGGCAGUUCUCUUUGCCUAA